UCGAAAAGUUCAAACAUGAAGCUUUCUCUUCUCCUUAGCGUGUUCGCAUCCAUCAUGAUUCUUGUUGCUGCGCACCCCCUACAAGAAGCCCGCACGAAACGUUCCUAUGCGGAGAAACGCGAGGAACUUGACGCCGAUGACUUUAACUACUUACAUUACUCGAGGGACGAGGAGCUCAAUAUGAAGAAGCGUGUGGAACUUGACGCCGAUGACUUUAACUACCAACAUUACGCGAGGGAAGAGGAGCUCAACAUCAAGAAGCGCGAGGAACUUGACGCCGAUGACUUUAACUACAAAGGUUACAAGAGGCACGAGGAGCUCAACAUGGAGGAGCGUGAGGAACUUGACGCCGAUGACUUUAACUACAAAGGUUACAAGAGGGACGGGGAACUCGACACAGCGCGCGAGGAAGUGCGUGAGGAACUUGUCAACUUCAAUUACUACCCUUCAAGUUACUGAACCUAACGCCAGGUUCUACAUAUAUAGAAUAGGUCUGGCCUCGUCACGGCAACCGUUUCACCUACAAGUGACUUCCCUGUACCAUUCCACAUGCCUUUUGCUAUGACUCCCUGGUCUCAUGUAAUAACUCUAUCCCAGUAUCUUGAUCUGACUCUUUUAAACUUGAUUGUGGACUCAGCGUUCUCGCAACUAAGCAAUCACCUG